CAGCUUAGCAGCAGGACACUGGCGACAGGCGCUCCCUGCUCCUUCGGACCAGCCAAGCGCGCUGCUGCUAUGGUCUCCACACCAACCGCCUGGUGUUCCAUCGCUCUGGCCCUGCUUUUGGCUCUGCAUGAAGGGAAGGGCCAGGCAGCUGCCACCCUGGAGCAGCCAGCAUCAGCACCCAAGGGCCGAGGCCCCCACCUGCGUUUCCGUCGUUGCUCCUGUAAUUCCUGGCUUGACAAGGAGUGUGUGUACUUCUGCCACCUGGACAUCAUCUGGGUGAACACUGCAGGACAGACAGCUCCCUACGGCCUGGGAAAUCCGCCAAGGCGCCGGCGCCGCUCCCUGCCAAGGCGUUGUGAGUGCUCUUCUGCCGGGGACUCUGCCUGUGCCACCUUCUGCCAUCGAAGAGCCUGGCCUGAAGCUCUGGUCAUCCCAAGCAGCCAGACUCCUGUAACUACAUCCAAGACUGGCGAGAGGUGGGCCGCUGAGGGAGACCUCCUCCGAAAGCUGAGGGAUAUUUCUGCCACCAAGCUCCGCUUUGCCAGGCUACAGCCGGUGGUGACAAGAGAAGCCAGCCCUGCACACUCUAGAAGGAGGAAGAGAUAACAUCGUGAGCUGCAGGACCAUUGAGAAGGAAGCCCACGUGGAGACGAGGGAAUGGGCAGCUGGUGGGAGACCCUACGCCUGUCUCCUGGGCCAAGGCCUCAGCUCUGGUCAGCCAGACCCAUCUGAUGGCUUCAGCACAAGCUCUGGCCUCUCUUACAGCAAGCAGCUCUGUGCCCUUACACUGCCAGGGCCACCCUCAGCACCUGGGCAACAGUGCAGCCUCCCAGUGCUGGCUGCUGGCUACAGCACUGCUUGAAAGAGCUGUGUGAGGCCAAAUGAACACGCUGACUGUGUCCUGAGGAGUGUCCUGUUCGCUGGACUGCAAUCCAGGAGAAAGCCCCACAGCAGGACACAAUUACCUAAGCCACACCUGGAGACAGGUCAGGUCAGCCUGAUGACUGACAUCCUGGCUGGCCCCAGUGGCCCUCUUUGGUCCCCCUACCCUAGAGGUCUUGCCAUCUUGUUCUCUUGGGACACUUUUGGGGAUGCAGAGCCUGCUCGGCCUCCCUCAUCUGUAUAUAACUUACUUGCUCUGAGAACUUUGAGAUUCUUAUUUAUUUUUAACAUAUUUUUUUAGAGCCUCCGUUGUUUACUUAUGGAACUCCUGUUUGUAAUAAAGGAUGAAAUGGUCUUGUAGGAGUUUUGUCUUGGCCAAGCAGAGGUGAGAGGCUCCUUCCAGGAGGGUCCAUUUGGAUGUUAAAAGGACACGGGAAGAAG